AUGCAAGUAAUUACGUCCGAUAAAAUAGGCCUACUGAAGUAUGUACAAUGCAGACCCAAGAGCUCCAUUUCUGAGCAGACGCUCCAGCCCGAUUUGAGGAGAACAAUCAACCACGUGACGUGGUCUGGCGGAUACGGAGGAUAUGAAGAGUCACAAAUAACCCUAUGCAGAAAGAAUGGAUUAGUCGAAAGUUUUGCCGCCCCCUAUGAUGGAGCAAACCCAAGCAUCAGCGACACAUGCUUGCUAUCAUUUCUUACUUGCAACAAUUGUAUUUACACAAGGAUGCUUAAUCACCACCAUAGUAUGAUAUACCAAGAUUUGCUCGAUAAGGAAAAAGAAAGGUAUACUAAUUAUGCCGAAUUCAUGCCCCCCUAUACAAGUCAAAAUGUAAAAAAUGGAGUGUAUGAAAGUUAUCUUCGAAAUGAUAGACUUCUCCUCACGGUCAGUAAUGGAGGACAUGUACACGUGUUAAAUUGGGACUGCGACAACGAACGUAGUAAGUACCAUCUAAGUAUGGAAGAUGAAAAGAAACACGAAAAUGAUGCUACAAAAAAAAUGCAGUUAUAUUUUAAAAACUACAAAGACCAAGUAUUGCAAUGUAUCGAAUUCAAGCAAGUUGAAGAAAAAAAUAGCCAUAGCAAUGUAAUCAUAAAAAAAAAUGAGUAUGCAAAUUUGAGAGUAGAAGACAUAUGCACAGAUUAUCACUUCGAUAAUAUGCUUUCCGAAGAAGCCAUCUGCCAGUCCUACAUCUUAAGUAACCCAAUUGAUGCUGCCUGUGUCAAUGAGGUAUUAACAAACAGACUAGCCAUCGGGGGCUACAGAAAUUCUUUAAAAGUAUUUGACUUAUUCACCGGAACCUACAUUUGGAAAUCAAAAAGCAUAGGAACGACUUUGUUAAAUUUAAAUUGCGAAAGUUUAAUAAAAUCUGUAAGUUUCUUAAACGAUAUCAAUGUGAAUAUACUAUCAGCCGCAACGUAUGACCAUAAGAUUGUUCUUUAUGAUAUGCGUUGUCAAGCGAAACCGGUCUACGUCUAUGAUCAUUAUAAGAGGAGGAAUAUCAGUCGAAAUAAAUUUUCCUGCUUUGACCACAACUACUCGGAGAGCGACCUUGUAUUUACGUGUAUAAGCAGCAACUCCCACGUGGGGCGGGAGGAAAAGGUGGCAACGUGGGAGGAUCCAUCCCAGGAGGGAGGAGUGCAGAAGGCGAACGAACAGGGCGAAACAGGUAACGAAGUGGCAGACAGAAAAACAGAGGAACAUAAGACUGAGAAGGAACGGAGCGCCAGGAAAUUAACCCCACAGCCACAUUGCGCAAAGGAAGAACUGCACGUUAAAUUUAGCGCGCACGAAAUGAAGGCCAACAAUUUAAAAUUGUAUGAAAAACUUCAGCGACAGGAACGAGGAGAGAAUGAAACAACAGGAGUAAACGGGAAUGAUGUCAAAGAGGAAGAAGAGCAUGUCAGUCCAUCCUCCCCGAAAAAGCCAAAUGAAUCUCAGUGCAGCAAUUACUUCAUAAAAAACUUGGCCUCUAAGGACAGCCAAAUAAUCUUCGUCUCCGAUAACUACGGAAACGUCUACAAGUUCGAAGUCAUCACUGGGAAAAAACUGCUACAAUAUAUUUAUGUAAAAAAAUGCGCACAGGAAAAAUUGACAUGUGAAGAGGACAAGAAAGAAGAUCCCUCCUUUUUACUUAAAAAUAAACAAAGCUUGUACGAUUUCUACAAGGAAUAUCAAAAGAGUAACAAGACCCAUAUGCGAAAUGAUCUUCCUGUUAUGUGGGCCAAAGAUAAUUUUGAUCAAUUCUUAAUUUUAUUUCUCAAUAAAUUUAGAAUCCAUAAUGGGGCCAUAUCUUCUCUAAGUUUACACGCGGGAGGUAUUUUUCUCUGUUCAGUCAGCUAUGACAGAUUUUUAAGCAUACUGAACUUGCAGAUGAGAAAGGUUGUUAAGCGAGUACAUGUCGGUCAUAUACUGACCAGCUGUCUGUUUCGAUCCCUUCCCAUUGAUGAGUCUGAAGAUGCGGUGAAGAAGGGGUUCGGACGCAGGGCAUCGAAGCGGCAAAGGGUCCUCCAUCCGUCGGGGGAAGAAUCGGAGGAAGAACCGUCCAGCGAGUGCGAAAGUUGGCACGACUCCUCGAACGAGUCCAACGACGAUGUAGGUAAAAAGAGGAAACGACGCCCGGGAGCAGUUGGAAAGGCGGAAGAAGAGGAGGAGGAUGACGACGACAACGAUGAUGAUGAUGAUGAUGAUGAAGAGGAGGAAGAAGAAGAUGAUAAUGUUGACAACAGUGACGAUGACGAUGAUGAGGAUGACGACGAUGAGGACGAUGAUGAUGAUGAAGAUGAGGAUGACGACGAGGAGGACGAUGAUGAUGAUGAAGAUGAGGAUGACGACGAGGAGGACGAAGAUGAUAAUGAUGAUGAUGACGACGACGACGAGGAAGAUGAAGAAGACGAAAAAGAAAACGAUGAACAAGUCGGUGAUGAUGCCGAUGGCGAAUAA